UUCCUCAGUCAAGACUGAACUGAAAAAAGACAUCAAAUGCAGAGCAGUCCAGUCAAUCAAAUAAUAUAGCAGGAAAUUGCCUUCUUUAUCCAUCUUUGAAUUGCAAAAUUACUCCAUUUUUUGGAUUUUACGAUUCUUAUUGUCUGUGGAGUGACUCAGUUCUCGCUUUUCUUUGUACUGGAGGGUGAUUACAGCGAAAGGGGAGCAGCAUUAACAAUGAACACCCCCACUCUGAGCUUGAAGCUAUUGGUUGAUAAGAAAGCAAGCAAAGUCCUUUUUGCUGAGGCAGGAAAAGAUUUUGUGGAUUUCCUGUUCAACCUUCUCUCUUUGCCUAUUGGUACUGUUAUCAGGGCCCUCACAAAUGGAAGCAUGGUAGGCUGCAUAGGAAAUCUUUAUGAGAGCCUUGAAAAAUUGAAUGAAGCUUAUAUGCAGCCAAAUCAAAAUAAGGAUUCCCUUUUAAAUCCCAGCAUUCUAACCCCUGCCACUGAAGUUCCUCUCAUGCUGCCUGAGUCUGAUCUACAACCAAUGAAGAGAAAGUUAUAUUUUUGUCCAAACCAUCACCCAUGUGUGACUGACCACAAAAACAUUAAAUGCAUGCGCUGCUCAUGUAACAUGUCUGAGGAAGUGGAAUUCAUCAGAAUGAAUGAUUCACCAGCUAAUUCAACUAGCCAGGGAGGUUAUGUUAAGGGCUUGGUUACAUAUAUGGUGACAGAUGAUUUAUCGGUGUCAAUUAUGUCAAUGAUAACUGGUGUUGCUCUAUUAAAUAAGUUCAAUGUUAAGGAUUUUGGUGUACUUGAGGAAAAGGUGGUCGAGUUUGGGAUUGACCAGGGUGUGGAAUUGUUGAAGGCUUCUCUGCAGUCGAAGGCAGCUCUUACUAGUGUUUUCCUUGUGAACAAGGAGGUGAAGGAUGGUGCAUUGAACUGAAGUUAAAUUGGCUGAAAUACUAACAAUGUUUUGAAAUUAUAGAAGAAACUCUGCCUGAUCUAUGGAGAUGGGUGGGAAAAAAUCUGCAUUGAUAAGUUUUGCCAGGACCACCGUUUGAAGAUGAUAAUUGGAUUUCUCUUCUUUGAUUGCACUUUUCGACCUGAUUUUCUUUUCUCAGUUCUGUUCUAUGCGGAUGUAUUUCUAUCUUUAAGGAUUCUGUUUUCUUGACUUCCACCCUGCUCUCAGUGGUCUUUAACUCAUAUUUCUAGUAAUGAAAUUAUUUGAUAGAAGCUCCAUCA